AUGCCUGCUAAUGUAGCAUCAAAUGAUAACUCAGCAUUGGUGGGUAAUAAAAAUGGUAAACUACAUUGGCAUGAUUUUACACCUAGAUAUAUUCUAUUAGAAACAGCUAAAGGCAAGCAAGUUAGAAUUUAUCCAGACGCUGAUAUUAUUUCUGAUACUAAGUUUAAAAUUGAUAAAACUGGUCAGUUAUCUGUAGUUGCAGUAAAUAAUACUGGAGAAGUUUCAAAUUGGAUUAAUGAAGAAUUAGAUGCUGAUUUUUCUACACAUAUAAAUAAUUUAUUUAAUGCUGUUGAGUACCCAACUUUUAAUGCUGACUUUGUUACUUUACAAACUGGUAAAACAGAUUAUGACGUAUCGGCAAUUGAAACUUUAAUACAAAAAGCUAAGCCGAAUUUCACUG